CGGCAAGUCGGAGGCAGCAAGAUGGCGGCCGCUAAGGAAGACUGUGGUGUCGGGGUCGACGCAGACCGGGAACUGGAGGAGCUCCUGGAAAGUGCUCUUGAUGAUUUCGAUAAAGCCAAACCCUCCCCAGCACCCCCUCCUACCACCACAGCCCCUGAUGCUUCGGGGCCCCAGAAGAGAUCGCCAGGAGACACUGCCAAAGAUGCCCUCUUCGCUUCCCAAGAGAAGUUUUUCCAGGAACUAUUCGACAGUGAACUGGCUUCCCAAGCUACCGCGGAGUUCGAGAAGGCAAUGAAGGAGUUGGCUGAGGAAGAGCCCCACCUGGUGGAGCAGUUCCAAAAGCUCUCAGAGGCUGCUGGGAGAGUGGGCAGUGACACAACCUCCCAACAAGAAUUCACUUCUUGCCUAAAGGAGACACUAAGUGGACUAGCCAAAAAUGCCACUGACCUUCAGAACUCUGGCAUGUCAGAAGAGGAACUAACCAAGGCCAUGGAGGGGCUGGGCAUGGACGAAGGGGAUGGGGAAGGGAACAUCCUCCCCAUCAUGCAGAGUAUCAUGCAGAACCUGCUGUCCAAGGAUGUGCUGUAUCCGUCACUGAAGGAGAUCACAGAAAAGUAUCCAGAAUGGCUGCAGAGUCACCGGGAAUCUCUGCCUCCAGAGCAAUUUGAAAAAUACCAGGAACAGCACAGUGUCAUGGGCAAAAUAUGUGAGCAAUUUGAGGCAGAGACUCCUACAGACAGUGAAGCCACACAAAAAGCUCGUUUUGAGAAGGUGCUUGAUCUUAUGCAGCAGCUACAGGAUUUGGGUCAUCCUCCAAAAGAACUGGCUGGGGAGAUGCCUCCUGGCCUCAACUUUGACCUGGAUGCCCUCAAUCUUUCGGGCCCACCAGGUGCCAAUGGCGAACAGUGUCUGAUCAUGUGAAACACAACACGUUUUCUUCCCUGAGUCCCAUCCAUGGGGAACAUCUGGAGUCAGCAGAACCAUUGGGAGCUGAGGCAGGAGUGUCGUCUGCGGGAGCGGUCUGCCCGCUGCCCUCUGUCAUCUCAUUCAAGAUUGUGCCAUACCAGCUGAGGCAUUUUCUCUGAUUCCUAGGAAUAGGGUCUGUUUCACAGGCCUUUUCUGUGAGCCCUAUUCCAUUGUGGUUUCUGCCACGAUCAAAGGCCCAGCCAUCUGCUGGACGAAGGAAGGCCUCUCUUUUGGGGGCAUGUACCUUAUUUCCUCUCCUGCAGUAAUGUUAUUAUAUGUGGCCACAUGGAUGUUCACCUUUAUGCCCCGGGUCUUUGUGCCUUGUCUCUACUCCCUCUCUUGUACCUGAGGAGCAGGGACAGAGUCCUGGGACUCUGUAUUUCUAUAGUCCUCUCAGUAGGACCUUUGGGAAUGGAGAGAAACAGCCUAGACUGGGGCUACAUGUCUUACCAUACUCACCUUCAGACAGACCGUUCUGAAUUACCUAAAGAGAAAGGGCUUUUGCAUCUAAUCACAGUAGGGUUGGAAGAGAAGCCCUGGGAUUCUCCUUCCUCUAGUGCUGAGCCCUCAACUUCAUGUUCCAAUCUGAGAGCUCAUGUUACUACCCUGGUUCUUCCUGUAAUGCUAUGUGAUCUGGGUGAACCCAGCCCCUGACCUUCCUCUGUCCUCUGCCUGUCCUCUUACCUCCUCUCUUUUCUAAAUACCUGUUUAUUCCAACUCUUAAGCCCAAGCUCUGACAACAAAGGGCCCAUCUUGUUUCUCCUCAUCUAGUUCUUCCACCAUUCUCACUGGCUCCUCUCUCCAUGGCAAACAAAUAAUUGUAAUGUCAGGUCUGUGAAAUUAAUGGCCAUUCUUCCCCCAGAUACAUUCUGGCUCAUUUGAGAUACUGAUUCCCUCAGAAUCCUAUCCCUUGGUUCAAGAAGGUAGCUUGGAAAAGGGGGAGGGGUACAGUCUGGGUUCUUUUACCUGUAGGCCCCUUGGGGCAGUGUCUAAUAAAUAUUCUGAGUGAGGAG